AUGACUCUAGAUGAUUCAAUACCUUUAGUAGUAUCUUUCCAAAGAGAAUCAGAUUCAAAUGCUAAUAUCAUAGAAAUGGAAAUGCUAACCCUUUCUCUUUUGUAUAAAAAACUUUGUGAUGCUAGGCGAGGUGAGAUUGCAACUGAAAAAUAUGUUGAUCUGAAGUCUAAUACAGUCAGUAGAAUUCUAAAUAUAGAAGUUAAAGCUCAACUUCUUGCAGUUACUUUUGAUGCACUUUUACGGAAAAGAAUUGAGCAGGCUAAGAAGCUCUAUAUACUUUUUAAUACAAUAAACAAUAUGUCCUUUGAUUAUAGCAUUCAUAUGGAGCCACAACUUUGUGAACUGAAUUCACAAAGUAAUAAGAAAAAUUCUGACUUAUUACAUAUCACUAGUUCAGUUAUGCUUACUGAAUCUCAAAUUCCCAAUGAAUCUGCCUUGAAAAAAAUUGAUAUCAAGGAACAAUGUAUAUUGGAUCUUAUUGUGUCUUGGGAUUCUUGGGAUGAGCAAAAUGCCUGUGGUUUGCAAGAAAAACAUAAGUAG